UCUGAGGAAACGAAACUGAUCUGAGUCUCUGUGUCGUCUGUCUGUGUGAGAGUGAACAACCGUCCAAAUGGCUCAGCAGGGAGUUCUGCUGGACCAGUACCAGUUCUGUUGUUCUGUCUGUCUGGAUCUACUGAAGGAGCCGGUGGUUAUUCCCUGUGGACACAAUUACUGUAGAAUCUGUAUUGAGGACUGCUGGGAUCAGGAUGUUCUGAAAGGGGUCUAUAGCUGUCCUCAGUGCAGAGAGACCUUCACUCCAAGGCCUAAUCUGAGGAAAAAUAACAUGUUGGCUGAGCUGGUGGAGAAACUGAAGAAGACAGGACUUCAGGCAGCUCCCCCUCCUGCUCUGUGCUAUGCUGGACCUGGAGAUGUGGUGUGUGAUUUCUGCACUGGGACUAGAAAGCAGAAAGCCCUCAUGUCCUGUCUGGCGUGUCUGGCCUCUUACUGUGAGACUCAUCUCCAACCUCACUAUGAAUCUCCUGCUUUGAAGAAGCACAAGCUGGUCAAAGCCACCGCACAACUACAGGAGAAGAUCUGCUCUCAUCAUGACAAACUGCUGGAGGUUUAUUGUUGUACUGAUCAGCAGUGUAUCUGUCUGCUUUGUGUGAUGGAUGAACAUAAAGGCCAUGAUACAGUGUCAGCUGCAGCAGAGAGGACUGAGAAACAGAGGCAGCUGGGGAUGAGUCAGCAGAAGGUCCAGCAGAGAUUCCAGGAGAGAGAGAAGGAGCUGAAGGAGCUCCAACAGGCUGUGGAGUCUCUCAAGCGCUCUGCACAGUCAGCAGUGGAGGACAGUGAUAAGAUCUUUACUGAGCUGAUCCGCUCCAUUGAGAGAAGGAGCUCUGAGGUGAAGGAGCUGAUCAGAGCCCAAGAGAAGGCUCAAGUGAGUCAAGCUGAAGGAGUCCUGGAGCAACUGAAGCAGGAGAUAGCUGAGCUGAGGAAGAGAAGCACUGAGCUGGAGCAGCUCUCACACACAGAGGAUCACAUCCAUUUCCUCCAGAGUUAUCAGUCUCUCUCCAGUAUCAGUGUAUCUUCAGACUUACCCAGCAUCGUUGUCCGUCCUCUUCGGUACUUUGGAGAUGUGAGUAAGACUGUGUCUGAACUGAGAGAGAAACUAGAAGACUUCCUUAAAGGAGAAUGGACCAAGAUCUCCACUACAGUGAAUAUAGUGGAUGUUGUACUGCCUCCAGAGCCCAAGACCAGAGAACAGUUGUUACAAUAUUCCUGUCAGCUCACACUGGACCCAAACACAGCACACAAACACCUCUCUCUGUCUGAAGGGAACAGAAAGGUGACACGUACAGACCAAGUCCAACCAUAUCCUGACCAUCCAGACAGAUUCACCAACUACUGUCAGGUUCUGUGUAGAGAGGGUCUGUCUGGACGAUGUUACUGGGAGGUGGAGUGGAGUGGGAGGGGUGUUGUUACAGCAGUCUCAUAUAAAGACAUCAGCAGAACAGGGAGAGGUAAUAUAUGUAAUAUAUUUGGAUUCAAUAACAAGUCCUGGAAUUUAUAUUACUUUAAUGGUGGUUAUUGUUUCAAACACAAUAAAGUUGGGACUAAAGUAUCAGGCCCUCAGUCCUCCAGAGUAGGAGUGUACCUGGAUCACAAGGCAGGUACUCUGUCCUUCUACAGUGCCUCUGACACAAUGACCCUCCUCCACAGAGUCCAGACCACAUUCACUCAGACCCUCUAUCCUGGGUUUUAUGUCUAUGAUGGUACUGCUGAGCUGGUUAAACUGUAGUAGGGUCCACAUAGAUACUAGUCAUGCUGGUGUAGUCUAUAGCUGAGCUGGUUAAACUGUAGUUGGGUCCACAUAGAUACUAGUCAUGCUGGUGUAGUCUAUAGCUGAGCUGGUUAAACUGUAGUAGGGUCCACAUAGAUACUAGUCAUGCUGGUGUAGUCUAUAGCUGAGCUGGUUAAACUGUAGUAGGGUCUACAUAGAUACUAGUCAUGCUGGUGGUGAUGGUCCCCAGAUGUGAUGAUUCAUUCUGCUCUGUUUUUCUUUCCAAUUGAUUUUUUUCUGACUGAUUUGAUCUUCAUAGAUUUCAUCCAUUAAAAUGCUUUGUAUUAA